CCGAUGCCAGCCCAUCUGUCCCACGUGCCAUUUUUGCCCGCAUAAUUUGCCCCUUUCCCAUUCUGACCCUUUCCAGCCUAUCAUCUCUACGAAGUUAGCUUGUUGUAAUUCAUGAAGAAGACGGCCAUUAAGGUCAUUUCACCUUUACAAUUCGUCUCAUUUUCUUGGCCAGUCUGUCCGAUCUCCAAUAGAGCCUCCAAUAAGAAGAAAAUCCUACUCUCCCCCGGCUCCACUCCUGGCCUCCUCCACCAAGAUCACCGGAGAUCAGAGGCAGCCUGAGACGGCCAUGGCCAAGUCCAUCUCUCCGAAACUCAUUUGUGCUCUGCAGUUCCUUCUAUGGCUGCUGCUACCCCAGGUGAUCUCCUCCUACCAGUACAAAGUCGGAGAUUUAGAUGCUUGGGGAAUACCCACCUCUGCCAAUCCUCGCGUCUACACCUUCUGGACCAAGAACCACCUCCUCAAGAUCGGAGACUCACUCUUGUUCCUGUACCCACCAAGUCAAGAUUCAGUGAUUCAAGUCACGGAGCAGAACUUCAACGCCUGCAACAUCACAGAUCCGAUUCUGUACAUGAACAACGGCAACUCUCUGUUCAACAUCACCUCUGCCGGCGACUUCUACUUCACCAGCGGAGUUCCCGGCCACUGCUUUAAGUCUCAGAAGCUCCACAUUACCGUGCUCUCCGCAAAUGGGUCUGCUUCAAUACCCCCCUCUGUUUUGCCCGCAACUUCUCCUUCUUACCCCACCGUCUUCGGCUCCAUCCCCACCCAGUCUUCUACUUCCCCGCCGCGGUGGGACGUCGGCUUCCCGCUCUUGGUCGCGGCUGCCGUCGGAUAUGCCUUGUGGCUGUUGUAAUAUUUUCUCAGAGGAUUUUGGAUACCCGCAACACUCGAUCAUUUGGUGAUGAGGUUUAAGGGUGGUUUUAAAUUUGUGGAUUUGAGAUUGGACUGUGGAAGGGAACGCAUCUGGGGGUUCUGUAGUUGGGGGCGAUUCUGUCGUCUUGGUUCAAAUUUUCUGCCCACCGUUUGGAGAUCAUUGAAUUGGUUUAUAAUUACAUGAGAUUCUUUUUGUAAUGUAAGAGAAUAAACUGUUUUCUCUUCGAAUUUUAAUUUCUUCCAAAAUAGCUAUGCAUGGAAGAACUGUUUUCAUUGUCUUGGAUAAAUUGUAGUAUCGUACUGUUAUUAUUUCGAAUUUUGCACUGUUGGCUUUCGAGUUUUGUUAAAUUUAAAUUAAUUUCUCA